AACAUGCGCAAACAGCAUGCGUGUUGGGGAUAUGUUGACAAAUUACAACGAGUGGUCCAACACACUGUUUUCAGUUUGGCGAAACUUUUAUCAAACUAGUAGUCUAGUCAUCAAGGCUUAGAAUGCCUCAUUUAAAAGAACCAAAGGUGACAGAACCUUUAUGGAAAGAUUGGGAUUACAAGGCACAGAAGAAAGGGAUCCGUCACACCGUUUACUCUGUAAAUGGUGACGAAUACACCGGGGAAUGGCUAGAUAAUAAAAAACAUGGCAAAGGAACAUAUAAAUGGAAAUCAACGGGAGCUAUUUAUGAUGGAGACUGGAAAAAUGGAAAAAGGAAUGGUUUUGGAACACUCAGCACACCUGAUGGAAAAGGUGGAUUUAAAAAAGAAUAUUCUGGAGGUUGGAAAAACCACAUGAGACAUGGUUAUGGAACACAGUAUUAUUCUGAUAAUGAAUAUUAUGAAGGAGAGUGGUAUGCUGAUAAAAGAAGUGGCUGGGGAAGGAUGUACUAUGCUAAUGGAAAUAUAUAUGAAGGAGAAUGGUAUGACGAUAUGUGCAAUGGACAAGGAAUGUUGCGAUUAGCCAAUGAAAACAGAUAUGAGGGUGAAUGGAAGGAUGGGAAGAAAAAUGGAAGAGGAAAAUAUUUUUACUUGGACAAGGGUCAGCUUUAUGAAGGUGUCUGGGUUGAAGAUAUUGCUAAGUGUGGUGCUAUGAAAGACUUUGGCAGACAACAUGCUCCUGAUCCUACAAAAUAUCCCAUAACUGCUAUAAAACUAGCAGAACCAGAACUGGUAUUAGAGGAGGCUGAAAAUAUGUUUCUGCAAGAACAAGAAUAAGGACAAUAUUUGGGUGUCUAUUUGGAUAUCACGUUUGGACCCUGCCUGAAUACUUCAACAUCCACAGCCUCAUGUGGAGGACUGACAUUUCAUUGAACACUUGGUGGGAUUUAUGUCAAUAUUUGUACAUCUUGUUUAUAUGUUAAGAUAUUUGAAAUGUAAAUAUACACUAUUGUAAAUAAAUAAAAGUAACAAAUAUA